AGGAAAUGAAGGUGCUACCUGCCUCUGGCCUUGCUGUCCUUGUCACAGCUUUAAAGUUUGCCACUGCAGUCCCCACCCUAUCUGCAGCCACCCCUAGGACCUUCAGGAGCAGCUACCACCUCGCACAGGACUACCUUGACAAGUAUUACACACACAAAGGAGGCCCCCAGGCCGGUGAGAUGGUGGCGAAACAAGGCAGCCCCAUGGUCAAGAAGAUUAAGGAGCUGCAGUCUUUCUUUGGCCUCCAAGUCACUGGGAAGUUGGACCCGACUACGAUGAAUGUGAUCAAGAGGCCCCGCUGCGGCGUCCCUGAUGUGGCCAACUACCGCCUCUUCCCAGGUGAACCCAAAUGGAAAAAAAAUAUUUUGACAUACAGAGUCUCUAAGUACACACCUUCCAUGAGUCCUGCUGAGGUGGACAAGGCCGUGGAGAUGGCCCUGCGUGCUUGGAGCACCGCCGUCCCUCUGAACUUCAUUAGGAUAAGCUCUGGGGAAGCCGAUAUCAUGAUAUCCUUUGAAACUGGAGAUCACGGGGAUUCCUACCCAUUUGAUGGGCCUCGAGGGACUCUGGCCCAUGCAUUUGCACCUGGAGAAGGCUUGGGAGGAGACACGCACUUCGACAAUGCUGAGAAGUGGACUAUGGGGAUGAACGGGUUCAAUUUAUUCACCGUCGCCGCUCACGAAUUUGGCCAUGCUCUAGGCCUGGGGCACUCCACAGACCCCUCAGCACUCAUGUACCCAACUUACAAGUACCAGAACCCCUAUCGGUUCCACCUCCCCAAGGAUGAUGUGAAAGGAAUUCAAGCACUAUACGGACCCCGGAAGAUAUUCCCAGGAAAGCCCACCAUGCCCCAUAUCCCGCCUCACAAGCCGUCCCUCCCCGACCUCUGUGACUCCAGCUCAUCCUUCGACGCCGUGACGAUGCUGGGAAAGGAGCUUCUGCUCUUCAAGGAUAGGAUUUUCUGGAGAAGACAGGUGCACUUGGCAGCAGGGAUUCGGCCCAACACCAUCACCAGCUCCUUCCCCCAGCUCAUGUCCAACGUGGAUGCAGCUUAUGAAGUUCCUGAGCGAGGCAUUGCUUUCUUCUUCAAAGGUCCGCACUAUUGGGUCACACGAGGAUUCCAGAUGCAAGGUCCUCCCCGGACAAUUUAUGACUUCGGGCUGCCAAGGCGCGUGCAGCGAAUAGAUGCUGCGGUCUACCUCAGGAAGCCCCAGAAGACGCUUUUCUUUGUGGGAGAGGAAUACUACAGCUAUGAUGAAAGAAAAAAGAAAAUGGAAAAAGACUAUCCAAAGAACACCGAAGAGGAGUUUUCGGGAGUGAGUGGCCAAGUAGAUGCUGCUGUAGAGUUAAACGGCUACAUUUACUUCUUUUCAGGACCCAAGACGUUCAAGUACGACACAGAGAAGGAAGACGUGGUUAGUGUGGUAAAAUCCAGCUCCUGGAUUGGUUGCUGAAUCUGCAGGGUUGGUCUCCUCACAGGGACGGAGAUCACUGUGAGCAGCUGAUGCCUGGACAUUAUGGACUAAGCAGAGAGCCCGAACACUCUUGCCCGGCCUUCAGCCCUAAGGGUGAUUUAAAGUUCCUUGAAAACAAUAACAAUUCUAUUGCUUUUUCUAAUUAUUCAUUUCCAAUUUAAAUCCAAAUGAGAAAUUAAGCCAUCUUUACUCAGAAUCAAAUAAUACACCCUUUGGUUAAACAUUCUUUUUUUUUUUUAACCUACUGUGUUAAAACAAAUUGAUCAGUUUGGUUUCUAUUUAUAGGAAAAAAGACUGCAUACACACACACACACUCACACAAUUCUUUCAUUAAGAGAGGUCAUUACCACACAAAUUAUAAUUAUCCUUUAAAGGGGGCUAUGGUCCACUAUGAUGAGUAUAAAUGUGCCUAUUUACAUGUUGAAAAUGUCACUAACAAAAUGCAGCACCAGGUCCGUUUCUUGGUUUGGGUUGCUCUCUGGUCCCCUCACGGGUCUCUGAAGUGGGGUCGGUAUACAAACAUUCAAAUUAAUUUCCAUGCUUACCAACAGCUGGACACUCUGCAACAGGGAACCUUUCUAACAAAACCUAAUAAAAAUUAUUGUAUUAGAACAGUUCCUCAUUUCUCUUUUCUGUUAACAUUUACUUGCCCUUAUCAGGCUUUAUUUGGCAACAAAUUCUGUGUACCUGUAGAAAAUGUAAACAAUAGUAUCAUAAGCACACCGAGCCAGGAAAACAACGCAAUCUGACCGAUGUCCUUCUUCCUGGUAGCGCCUCUGCCCCCAGGGGGAGACAUCUUUGAUCCACCUGUUUCUUCUGAAUAGUUUUCUGCAUAAGGAAGUUUCUGUCCUUCUAGUUAGUGGGUUUGUUUGUUUUGUUUUAUCUUUUUUAUCCAAACUAAACCUUUUUCUUCUCAACUCUACCCAGUUCACAAUGUAGACAUAAUUAUGAUUAUCAGUCUUAUAGUUUUUAAAACUUUAGCCUCUAGAAUUCUAGAACUGUUCUAGAGAAAACCUAUAUUUUAGGAGUUCUGAAAUGAGUGAUUUUUACUUUAUAGCUACAAACUGUUGUUAGCAUAUUAAACUUGCUUCACAGAUUCAUUAAAAGAUUUAAUAACAGUUACAGCAAGCAUUCCAUUAGGUUUCUAUUACUGAAAGUCAUAGUGCAUAGCCAGCCAGAUGUUGACUAUUGAAGACAACAUCUGGUAUCUUUGCUAAGUCCAAGGUGCUCAUAUUAAGAAGCAGAACUGUUUCAUUUUUAUUGCAAACAUUUUACUAUCAAUAAGCAAAAAACUGGAGGCUAAAGGGAUGGCUCAGAGGUUAAGAAUGUUUGCUAUUCUUGCAGAGGACCUGAGUUCAACCUCCAGAACCCAUUACCAUCUGUUAGCUCUACUUUUAGGGCAUCUGAUCCUCUCUUUGGCCUCCUUGGAUACCUGAACAUAUGUGUGCAUAUUGACACACACACAUAUAAAUAAAAAUAAAAUAACUUCUUUAAAAAACAAGCAAACAGCAAAGUAGUGUGUCGGGUCCUCACAGUGCUAAACAGAAGCCCAGCAAUUACACAACUGUGUAUAUACCUAUGAGAAAUUAAAACACAAAAUCUUGUACACAGAUGUUCAUGGCAGCAAUAUUCACAAUAGUCUAAAGUGGAAAUAUGUCCAUCACAUGGUACAGGCAAGAAUAAAAUGUGGUAGAUUCAGACAAUGGGAUGUUUAGAAAACCAUAAAAGGAAUGAAGUGCUGAGACAUGCUGCAAUAUGUAUGAAGUUUGAAAACAUCAUGCUAAGUAAGAAGGUAGACACAAAAGAGCACAUAUUGUAUGAUUAUAUUUAUAUGAAAUGUUGAUGAUAGAAAAAUCCAUAGACAGAAAAUAUGUGAGUGCUUGUCAGGCAGCAGGAUGCCAAGCAGCAGGAGACAGGUGUGAUUGGGAAUGUUCUAGAACUGAUGGUGGUGGUUGUACAACUCUGUGACGAUACAAAAACUGCUGAACUGGACAUUUUAAAUGAGUGAAUUAUGUGUUUAUAAAUUCUGUCUUGAUAAAGUUGUUAUAUUAUAAAAACGCAAAUAAGCAAGGAGAUCAAAGCGAUGUGGUGAUCCAUGAAAUUCCUGCAACUUGGGAGCUGUGACGAGAAGCACAGAGCAUUGAAACAUCGCACUGAAGAGAGCUGGUGCUGAGCAGCAGAUGGAUGCUUUCCUUCUGCACAGCACUACCCAGGAGAAGGAAGCCUGCAGAUGCUGCCCUGCAUACAGGGAUGUUCCUGGAAGCAAGGACACAUGUGCUGUGGGGACAGGCUGGCUGCAUUCAAAAAUCAAGGACUUGUUUUCUGCUGUGUGAUGUCGCUAAAGUUCUCUGAUCUCUUCUUGAUUUCCUCCUUUGCAAGAUAAGAAUAGCUCUUGAACUCCUGGGGACAUUUAGAGACUUAAAAUAUGACUCAGAUUAUACAAAGUUCUGAGAGCAGUUCCUCGUAUUUUGAAAGGUUUACUAGUUGUCAUUCAUAAGAUGAUUGGCUAAUUUUGUUCUGAGACAUUGUGGAGAAUUUGGAUUUCCCUUGAGAUCUCACAAGAUCUGGUGACAUGUAACAGCAGCACAUGAACUGAUAAUUGGUAACCUGGAAUUUUUCUUCUUUAAAUUUCAGAUUAAAUCAAAAACUAGAAAAUAUACUGACUGUGGCCAACCCCUAAAAAUUUCUAUCAGAUUGUCAUCAUUCCCUUGUUGGAUCUGAGGAGUCCUGGAUCUCAGCUAUAGCUCUUGUACACUCUGGGAAGAUGCGGGCUCUGAAGAAUGAGACAGUCUUUGUGUCAUUACUAAUGGAACUGACCCUAUGAGAGGCGAGACAUAUGAAGAAGUAACUUACAGCACAUACAGUGAUAUUCCCAUAUCUGAGGGCUUCUUACCCACAGACUUGCCAAACAGGGAUAAAACAGUGAGAAUCAGUUGCCCGUAUAUUGAGUAUAUGUGUCUUUAUCCUCUGAAAUUAUACCAUUCUGCUACCUA